GUGAGUCUUUGCGUAAAGACAUCAGUCCAUAAAUACACGACCAUGGUUACACUGUGUUAAGGUGUGACGUCAUCAAAACGUGCGCCCGACAGCCGCUCUUUCCGUUACCCCAUAACACGUCACUUAACUUCGUUCUUUAAAUGAAAGGUGUUCGACGAUCUAACACAAGCUCGUGAUCUCUGCCGCUCCGGUCGUAAAGAUAGUUUGCUGUGUUCUAAAGUUUACACAUUAAAGCCACAUAUAGGUUGGCCUUCCCCUCCACCUUACCUUCAUAUUUACUGUACGUGCACACACAAGUCAAAGCGCAUGUGACUAGACUGCAGACACAGUGUCAUCCACUGACAUUUUAGCUUUUGAAAACUGUUGUCAGUAUUUACCUUGAAUAAUUCACUGACACUCCACAUGCUAACUAUACUUUAUCAUGGUUUCACUGGGGUUGUAAGCAUGUAAACAUGAAAAAGUGUGAUGUAAGUAAGUUGUGCAACAGAACAGUGCUAGUCAAUACAUUAGAGAGGAUUCAAUCUUGCAUCUCUACUCAUUUUACAGAAUAAGAUCAUAUGAGUGGAAAUAAGACCUUGUUAUAAUUGUAGCAUCAUGAGCAAACUUUUAAGAGUGGUAUGUGGAAUAUCAGGAGGAGUCGACAGCGCCGUUGCUGCUUUGCUGCUGAAGAGGAAAGGUUAUGAUGUUGUGGGCUUGUUUAUGAGAAACUGGGACAUUCCUGAUGAAACCGGCCAGUGCUGUGCAGAUGGAGAUUUUGAGGAUGCUGUCCAUGUCUGUGAACAUCUUAACAUUCCACUGCAUGAAGUCAGCUUUGUCAAAGAAUAUUGGAAUCAUGUCUUCAGUGAGAUGUUGAAAGACUACCAACAGGGAAUCACCCCAAAUCCUGAUAUUCUCUGCAACAAGUACAUUAAAUUUGAUGCUUUCAUGAAACAUGCUCUGGAACAACUAGAGGGCCAUUUAAUAGCAACUGGUCAUUAUGCUCGCUCCACCAUGAAGUUUUCUGGGCACAUGACUAAACCUACUGAAAGUAUUAAACUGUUGAAGGCCAAAGAUGCUGUAAAAGACCAGACAUUUUUCCUAUCCCAGAUUCCUCAGAGGGCAUUGCACACCCUCUUUCCACUAGGAGAUUUGACAAAAACUGUGGUAAAACAACUUGCUAUGGAGGCAGGGCUUGAGAAGAUUGUGAUGAAGAAGGAGAGUAUGGGUAUCUGUUUCAUAGGAUCCAGACGUUUUCACAAAUUUAUAGAAGAGUAUGUAGAACCAAGACCUGGAAACUUUAUUGAUAUUGACACACAGAAAAUUGUAGGAACACACAAAGGGGUUCACUAUUGGACACUUGGUCAAAGGGCUUUAAUUCCAGGACAAAAAGAUGCCUAUUUCAUUGUCAACAAGGAUGCGUCAACCAGAGACAUUCUGGUGGCUCAAGGAACAGACCAUCCAGCACUCUUUGUCCAGAUGUUUGUCACAGAAUCUCCAUAUUGGAUACAUGGUCCACCACCUCAUCUAAUGCAGGGACAAAGUGUUCAGGUUGACUUCCGCUUUCAGCAUAAACAUCCUUUAUUGCCAUGCACUGUUUGCAAGAGUGAGGGGAAUGGCUUGGAAGUGACUUUGCCUUCUCCAUUACGUUCAAUAACCCCAGGACAGUAUGCAGUCUUCUAUCAAGGUGAUGAGUGCUUGGGUAGCAGUAGAAUCAUUUGGACAGGACCUUCCCUUCAUGCCUUAAAGCAUAUAGGGAGAGUAAAUAUUCCAGCAGCGUUCCAUUAAUUGUAUUAUUGUAUUGCAUAUUUUUUCUUCAAACAACUAUCGGUUUGCAUGGAAUGAUGUGAGGCAUGUGAAAUAAUAAACAAAGAAAAAUUGG